AUGGAGCGGCGGAGGGGAAGGGGAGGAUACGGCGGCCGCGGUGGCGGAUUUGGCGGCGGGAAAGGCGGCGGAAAAGGCGGAGGGCUAGACAGUGACGAGGACGAGGCGACGCCGGUGGAUGCGGGAUACGAGGUGGCGGAGGAGCUUCCGGAGGAAGCCUCCGCGAAGAACCGGCGGUACGAUGACGUGGACGUGUACGAGUACGAGCUUCCCGCGGACUUCGAGGAUGAGGAGGAGGAUGAGGAGGAGGAGGAGGAAGAGGGAGGGGGUAUGUUAGAUAGUGAUGAGGAGGAUGAGGAGGAAGAUGAAGAGGAGGAGGAGGAGGAGGAUGAGGAGGAGGAGGAAGAGGAGGAGGACGCGGAAGGGGAGAUUGAGGAGGAUGAGGAGGAUGAGGAAGGGGAAGAAGAGGAGGGAGAGGAGGGAGAGGAGGGAGAGGAGGGAGAGGAGGAGAGUGAGGAAGAGGAGGACGAUGAGGACGAGGAGAAGCAUCAGCAGCUGUUGGCUGAUGUGGUGGCGAGGCAUCAGAGCAGGGAAGGUGAGGGCCAGGGAGAAUGGAGGUUCAAGGUUCAGGUUCUGGGUUUAGAGUUUUCACACGUAGCAGGUGCAAAGGGCAAAAAGACCCUCUCCUCUCACUCUCCUCUCACUCUCUUCUCACUCUCUUUUCACUCUCUUCUCACUCUCUUCUCACUCUCUUCUCACUCUCUUCUCACUCUCUUCCUCAAGGCAUCAGCAGUGGCCGCGGAGAGUCUUCCCGAGUCGGAGUUCAACCUCACAGCAGCCAAGGGCGCAGCUCAAUCCUUGUCUCGCCCCUCUCUACUCACUCUCUUGCCCCUGUCAUCUCCCCUUCCCCCUUUUCUCCUCCUUGCUGUCACAGCCAGGAAGCCUCGGGGUGCGAUAUCAUUGAAGGCAUCAGCAGUGGUGGGGGAGAGUCUACCCGAGUCGGAGUUCAACCUCACAGCAGCCAAGGGCGCGCGCAGCUCAAUGCUCUUAGUGCCCUUCCUGUUGUCUCUUCCCCUCGUCUCCCUUCCUCUCUCAUGUCUCACAGCCAGGAAGCCUCGAGGUGCGGUAGCAUUGAAGGCAUCAGCAGUGGUGGGGGAGAGUCUACCCGAGUCGGAGUUCAACCUCACAGCUGCUAAGGGCGCGCGCAGCUCAAUGCUCUUAGUGCCCUUCCUGUUGUCUCUUCCCCUCGUCUCCCUUCCUCUCUCAUGUCUCACAGCCAGGAAGCCUCGAGGUGCUAUAGCAUUGAAGGCAUCAGCAGUGGUGGGGGAGAGUCUACCCGAGUCAGAGUUCAACCUCACAGCAGCCAAGGGCGCAGCACUGGCAGCAGCAGCCGACGCAGCAGCAGCUGCAGCAGCAGGAGCGGCAUGUGGGGCGGCAGGAGCAGCGGCAGCUUUCCCUACCACUGCAGCAGGUUCGGGAGCAGGCUCGGGAGGGCUGUCUGUAGAGGAUUUGCUUCGGCCGCUGGGGCAGGUCGGGGCUGAUCUGUCAGGCCUGGCGAAAGGCUCGGCGGAAGGCUCGGCGGCGGCAGGUUUGGGAGUGGGAGGUUCGGCGCUGGCCGGGCUGAAGAAGCAGAUGAGGAGAAUCGAGGCGAGUUGCGCUCCUGACACUGGCCCUUUGCCGACAGUUAUUCGGGAGAGAGUGGAAAGAAAGUGA